ACCGCAACUACUUUCUCCAGACGUGAACAUAACAUACUUUUCUCCCCGUUCCCAUUUCCCCUUCCCCCCCUUCCUCUGCCAAAACAAAACCCGAUCUACCCUCCCUUAAUAUAACAACCACCACACCUCUCUCGCCGCAACCAUGGAUGAGAUUGCAAAGGAAUACGAUGUCAUCGUGCUGGGCACUGGCCUGACCGAGUGCAUUCUCUCUGGUGUUCUCAGUGUCAAGGGCAAGAAGGUCCUUCACAUCGACCGCAAUGACCACUACGGAGGCGAGGCAGCUUCCGUGAAUCUCGAAACGCUCUUCAAGAAGCAUGGCAACUAUGCACAGGGCGAAGAGCCCUGGGCCAAGUACGGCCGCCUGAAUGACUGGAACAUCGAUCUCGUCCCCAAGUUCCUCAUGUCUGCUGGCGAGUUGACCAACAUCCUCGUCUCGACCGACGUCACACGAUACCUCGAGUUCAAGCAGGUCGCGGGCAGCUACGUCCAGCAGGGCCAGGGCUCUAAGGCCACCGUCGCUAAGGUACCCUCCGAUGCCGGCGAGGCCCUACGCUCGCCUUUAAUGGGCAUAUUUGAGAAGCGCCGUAUGAAGAGCUUUAUUGAGUGGAUUGGCACCUUCGACCGCAAGGACCCCGGCACGCACAAGGGUCUCGAUAUCAACAGGGUCACCAUGAAGGAGGUCUACGACAAGUUCGGUCUCGAGACCGGCACUCGCGACUUCAUCGGCCACGCCAUGGCCCUCUUCACCACCGACGAGUACCUUACCAAGCCCGGUGCCGCCCCGGAGGCUAUCGAGCGCAUCCGUCUCUACGGCACUUCCGUCGCCCGCUAUGGCAAGUCUCCGUACAUCUACCCUCUGUACGGCCUUGGCGAGCUUCCCCAGGGCUUUGCCCGUCUGUCGGCCAUCUACGGAGGCACCUACAUGCUCAACACCAACGUUGACGAGGUUCAGUAUGAGGGUGGCAAGGCUGUCGGCAUUAAGGCCACUAUGACUGGUGUUGAGGAGAUGAAGUUCGAGACCAAGGCCAAGAUGAUACUUGGUGACCCUAGUUACUUUCCCAACAAGGUCAAGGUUGUCGGACAAGUCGUGCGAGCUAUUUGCAUCCUGAAGCACCCUCUGGCCGGAACCAACGACGCCGACUCUUCCCAACUUAUCAUCCCCCAGUCCCAGAUCGGCCGCAAGAACGACAUUUACAUCGCUUGCGUCUCGUCGGCACACAACGUUUGCCCCAAGGGCUACUGGAUUGCCAUCGUCUCAACCAUUGCCGAGACCAAUGCUAACCACCACCUCGAACUCCAGCCCGGUCUGGAGCGCCUUGGCAAGAUCGAGGAGCAGUUCAUGGGUGCUCCCAUCCCCAUCUACGAACCCACAGAUGACGGCGUCGCCGACAACGUCUUCGUCUCCAAGAGCUAUGACGCCAGCAGUCACUUCGAGAGCACGACCGACGACGUCAAGGAUAUCUACCGCCGUGCCACCGGCGAGGAGCUCAAGGUUGAGGGUCUGAGAGAGGGUCUGCAGGUUGCGGGCGAGCAGUAGGCGUGAGGUUUUUUCCACGGAAUGAUUGCUGGAAGCGGACGGGGGAGUCAAGUUGGAGAGGCAUUAAGGCCCUCGCACAUCGCAACAGACGACAAAUCCGGAGUAGAUACAUAUACUUCGGACAUACACACAUCUCAGGGGGAGGUGCUCUUCAAAGUUACACCAACCAAAUUACCAUACAUCUUCGAAUGAAGACUAUGUCCGUGACAAGAUGCUUUCGCGACGCGACACAUGGACUCAAUCUCAAGUUUCUUAUUCCGGGGUAUUUAGACGGUCCUUUGAUCGAGGCCUCUUAUGGCCGUCGACCGUAGACGACGCGUACAGAUUAGAGCAACAGUUGCGACGCUUUUGAUGUACGUUUCUCAAAAGU